AUGUCAGUGAAAAGAGAAAAUAGUAACGAAAAUGUUGAGUCUUCCAAGAGACAUCAGACGAUACAAGCUGGUAAUUCAGACCAGGUAAUUGCUAAAUUGAUUAGUUUGAUCCCAGGCAAAGAGCAGAGUAUUGAUCUCAUGGGUAAUGCUGUGGUAACCGUUGGUAGAAGCCGGCACUGUGAUGUAGUACUGAAAGAAGUGGAUAUUUCAACUAUACACUGUCAGCUCUAUACCAUUCAAGUUGAUCUCGACAGAGAGAGAAGGAAAUUAAUUAAUAUUGUGGACAAGAGCAGAAAUGGCACCUUUAUCAAUGGUAAUAGGUUAAUAAAGCGGGAUUACCUUUUAAAAAAUGGAGAUAGAAUAGUGUUUGGUAAGAGUACAUCAUUUUUAUUCAAAUACACUGAGAAUUCUGAUGAAAUUGAAGGUAAUGCUAACUCAAGUAAUAAUGAUGGCGUGUUUAAGAAACCCCAAAUGGCAGCUUCAAGCAGUCAAACUUCUCUAAGGAAAAAAUUAAAGCCAAGGCCCACAUCUGUGUUUGAUAAAUAUUUAUUAGAAAGAGAAUUAGGUUCUGGACAUUAUGCUACUGUCAAAGAGGGGAUUAACAAGAAAACUGGUGAAGUGGUAGCGGUCAAAAUUUUCCAUCCUCAACAAAAUGACGAUCAAAAGAAGAGUAACCAGUUUAGAGAAGAAACGAACAUUUUAAUGCGGGUGCAUCACCCCAAUAUUGUGAAGAUGUUGGAUAGUUUUGUAGAACCCGUGAGUAAAUCCCAAAUUCAGAAGUAUUUGGUACUUGAAAAGAUAAACGAUGGUGAAUUAUUUGAUAGGAUUGUUAAGAAAGUCUGCUUGAGACAAAACGAAACACAGGCACUUUUCAAACAGAUAUUAGAAGGAAUCAAGCAUUUACACUCACAAAAUAUUAUCCAUAGAGAUAUCAAACCAGAGAAUAUCCUUUUAAACAUCACUAGGCGACAGAGUCCCAAUGAAAUGCAGUUAGGACCAUGGGAUCAAGAUGAAAUUGAUGUCCAAGUUAAAAUUGCUGACUUUGGAUUAGCUAAAUUUACCGGAGAGAUCCAAUUCACUAAUACCUUAUGUGGGACACCUUCGUACGUGGCACCGGAAGUUCUAUUAAAAUCUGAUUACAGUUCCAAGGUUGACAUGUGGAGCGCAGGUGUUCUGCUUUAUGUUUGUUUAUGUGGGUUUCCACCUUUUAGCGAUUCAUUAGGACCACCUUCCAUGAGAGAACAGAUCUUACAAGGUAAGUUUGCAUUUUAUUCCCCCUACUGGGAUGAAAUCGAUGAUUCCGUGUUACACUUGAUCUCGAACUUAUUGGUGGUAAAUGCAUCUGAAAGAUUUAGUGUAGUCGAAACUAUGAACCAUCCUUGGUUUAGAAACGCUGAUUAUGAAACAAUACCCAUGGAACCAGAACGCUUACAGAUUAGCCAAGAGAAAAUACCAAAAACCUACUCAGAAUUAUCAAAAAUCUAA